CUCACGGGUGCUGCGCAUAUUCGCUAAUUGCUGCAUGACGCAUGACUCCUACCGUUAGUCGCCUCUAGCACGAAGCGAAGCAUUCAAACGGGUGAGACAAGUCUUCUAGAAGACCCGUGCAACUCGCAAAUACGAAGAUAUAUAAGCCAGCGACCCACUUCCUCAGCCCUAUAUUGCCAGUUCGCCGAUCGCUACCACAAUCAAGCCCAUGCAACAAGCCUUGCAGAAGAGCAUGGUGUAGUCCUCACGAUCACAUUGCUUCUCCAGACCUUGAACGUUUGAUGAUGGCCGCUACGGGACUGCCCCUCUUCUACACCGAUCAACAAUCGCACGCCGCAUCCUCCUACAUCUCACCUGCCUCAACCAUCAUCUCUGAUUCGAGCUUCUCUUGGAACAUGGCGCCGCGUACAGAAUCGAAUCCGAAUGCUCCUCAACCGCGCAGAUCGGUCAGCCCACGGACAACAGCCACUCCUACCACCACCACCACCGUCACCAGCAACAACAAUAGAGACGGAGGAUUUGCUUUCAUCGUGGGCAAUACACCUGCAGAGAUGAAGUCGAAGAAGCACAUGACUACUGUGCGCAAGAGAGCGAUGCGGGCUUACCUAGAGGCCAACAAAGAAGGAGCCAGGGAGCCCAAGAACUUAGUCACUGAGCGGUCACGAGUUAUGAGUGAGGACUCUGCUGGUUCACAGUCAAACAUUGAAAGUCAAUAUGCAGCCAUCGCGAAUGCCGCCAAUGAAGAAUCGACGAUUCCGAACGGGCUUGAGGGCAUAAGUGGAGGGAUGCAAAGCUCUGCAGCAGGAUCGACAUAUUCACAUCCAAGUCAGCAACCCUCAAGGCCCGAAGCUCACAGACCCGCGGGGCAGAGAGCACACGAGGAUACUCUCGAAACAGCACUCAUUGCCCCUCCCAGAACAAAUGAUCACGGUAUGCCACUGCCUUACGAUCGUGAAGCAUACCCACUGUUCGUCUCGUUUGGUGAGGGCGUUGAUCCUUUCAAGACGAUGUUUCAAUCAAGCUACCCACGAGUGUCGGUAGAAAGGAUGAAAUUUCUCUGUGCACGAUUCUUUGGUACCUACGCGAUGGGCCAGCACUGGAUUCCUACUGUUCUCAGCGCACCACACACGUUCCUGAGUACAUUGUGUUGUGCCUCAGCACACCUGGAUGCCAUAUUCGAACGCGACAUUGAAAGUGUUGAGACAUCUUCACUCCGCCAAGAAGUCAUGCACCUUAUUGGUCAAAAUAUGGUGCACCCGGGAAAGCAAGUUGGGGAUCUCAACAUCACCGCGUUAAUCCAGCUUAUCGUCAGCGAGGUCAUCGGACGUGAGGAGAUCUCCUUAAGGAUACACGAAGCCGGCCUCGAAAAGAUGAUUAGCCUGCGUGGCGGUCUCAACCAGCUGGGAAUGCGCGGCUACCUCGCAUCUACCUGCUCGUGGGUACUGCUUGAGUCCGCCAUACUUCGCGAAGAAAGACCACGAGACAUUUUCUCCAACUACUGCACAGCACGAUCGACUAAAAGACACCCUGUCACUGCAAUCAUCCCCGAGUCGCCUAUCUACCGUCCGCGACCCCAAUUCGAAACUCUCAGGAGGUCGAGAUAUUACAAGAAACGGACACUUGAGCUCUUAAAUGAUAUUCAAUCAAUGAUCGAGCUCUUUGUCAACCCAACAAAUUCAUCGCGUCGAGAUUCAAGGACCCUUCUAAGCUUCUACAGAGACAUUACGACCAAGUACCCACCAGUGUCCCAGAACCAGAGGCCAACACAAGAUGAUUACAAAUACGAGGCUAUCCGCAUUACGGCUAUUCUUCAAGCCACUGCGAUCGUGGAAUGCAUACCUCUAUCCAAAGCUCUUCCGCAUGCUGCUACGACAGUAUUGGGGACACCAUACUCAUUCGUAACGUCCUCGCACUCGAUUAACUCCCCAACCUCACCGCUGUCACCAAUGAACCUACGCCAUGACUCUUUGACUAGUCCCGGCACAGUCUCAUCAUAUGCGAACAGUCUCACCUUUCAGUCUUCAAGCUCAUACUUUGAUGCAUCGCGGUCCUCACUCUCUUCAAUGACAACAUCACACCCUUCCAUAUCGUCAACUGUAUCACACCCAUCUUCAUCGUCAAUAGCAACGUCGCAUUCUUCCGUAUCAUCGAUGCCAGAUUCACGUCCAUCUUACCACCUUUCGAGUUUCCGUCCGUCACGUCUAUUGACAACGUCUUCCCCCAACGAGUGUAAUCCAUUCGCCGACUACAUUACCGCUCCGACACAAAACACAUCAACCGCUCUUCUCCUCAAGCUCAAGGUCGCUCUUGACGCUUCAAACAUGUCAGAGUGUUGGCAGGACAUGGCUGGCGUACUGCUCUGGAUCGGGCUCACUGUCGGUGCAGCCAGUCACAGAAACGGAAACAGGAUUCUGGAGAAAUGGUACUCUGCUCUGUCCAUGCGAGCGAGCGUAUUGUUAUGUUUCCAAUACCCGGAAGCCAUCCACUCCACAAUGCUAACAAUGGGUCGAUUGGUCGACACGCUGCGCGAGCCGGACUCAUCUAGCACAGCAAACGCUACAAGGGCGCUGAUCAGGAGGGACAGCGAGGCCCCUGGAAAUGGAAAGAAGAGGAGAACAUGAAAUUGAACAUUAAGGAGUUCUCUUGACUCCAUGGACGUCGAGAGGGUGACGUCCAAUUAAGCUUCCCCAGAGUGGCAAAGCAUUCGGCGUCCCCGGUGUGGGUCUUCACGGUAAGGCUGACAGUGUAAGGCUGCCUGAGGCUCACAACGUCGUUAUGUUCUUUCUGUGCUUCGAUGUAUAUACUUGUGUUAGCUUUUUGUGGCAUCAGAGUUGCAGGCAGGGUUUGAGCAUCAUGAACAGCCGAGCGUGUACAAUAUACAGCAAUUGCA